AUGAUUCUCGAUGUGAGACGUGUGUGGGUGAAGUGGCUGCUUCCAGGCAUAGAAGAGUUCCUCAUAAACACGCUCGCUUCUGAAUCGUUGACAAGUUUUGCCGAAGAGCGCAGACAGUUCUUUGUGGAACGUUUGGACAUUGCCAACUUGCCCCCAUCUGUACCACCGAGAGAAGGUCGAGUGCUGCCACAAGAACUACUGAAGGAGACGGAGGAAUCCAGCGGCAUACCAGCUGAUCAUAGCGCUCCAGAUUUUGCAGCUACCCAGCGGGAAAUAUCGCGUUCGUUUAUUGAUCACAACACGGAGAUAGAUGUUAGCUCUCUUGAAAAGGAGGUGAAAGUCUAUGACGACAUUGAUGAGCCAGACAGAACAACUUCUGAGAACAGUCAACAGAUAACCAUUGAUACCAACAACAACGAUGACAGCGAUGACAAUGAGAAUGCCCUGUACGAAGUGCCGGUGUCCAAGCAGAUCCCAGUCGAUGACAACAGCGUGUCAUGUGGGACAGAUGGAUCGAGUUUGGCAACGACGGCCAGUACAGAAGAACUUUCACACGAAAGCCUGGAUUCCACUACGACCCCUUCUUUAACCGGUGUUGCCCCUCCUCUUCCUGCAAGAAAAGAUAGGUCUCUCUCAGAGCCUCAGAGCCGAAGUUUCGCCUACGAUGAAGAAGAGAAGCCACCGGAUCUACCUUAUCGACCACCUCUGCCAAAGAGGAAUGAGAUCUAUACACUUUCGGACAAAUCUGACAGGUCGGAGACUGAGAAAUCAUUGACCUCUGAACCCGAUCUUUCCGGUGACGGGGACAGCACGAGUUACGAGUCCUUUGAUGAAGACAACGAUCCACCCAGCACGGACAUCGCCAGUAGAUAUGACGUCAAACUGCCAAAAAAGCCAAAGCAGAAAACAACAAUACGAAGAAACGGCAAGCUGCGAAAGUCAAAAUCUCCUGUGCCAUGGGAAAUUGAUGUCCCGUUUCAGAAACUGGACAGCAUCCACAUCUCAGGGGAGCUCUUCGACAAGGGCAAGUUAAAGUGGAACCGAAGAAUUGUUGCCAUUAGCAACGGUCACAUGGUUGUGUACAAGCCAGAGAAAGAUGCCAAGCCGUCGUUGGUUAUCCCUCUUGCCGGAUACGAGGCAAAUAUUUAUGAGAGGGAAGGCAAGAAAGGGUUUGAGGUGAGGAUGACUAAGACUGAAGGCGACUCUUUCAGUUUUUGUGUGCAACUGAAAGAAUGGGCUCAGAUUUGGACCGAGCACAUUAACGGUCACGCGAAAGGCCAACCGCCACCGAAGUACCAUACGCAUCUGGCAGGUUCGUUGUGCGAGUGCGCUGAUUUCUAUAUCAACCCACCAACGUUUGGAAGCAAGAAAGUGACAAGAAUGGGGUCGUUUGCUUUUCGAGCCACCCAGUUCUUGGAGAAUAUUGGCAAGAAAACCUCAGGACGAAGGAAGUCGCCGCACCCAGCAUCCUGCAGACAUUCAUGUGGGGAUACUACCGAUGCUUCCAGGAAACCUUUUCAUAUACUCGUAUCAUCUUCCAGCUCUUUGGGCAACUUGGCAAGGGGAUCGGUGUCGCCGACCUCAGACAACAGCAUGAACUCUGUGUUUGGAGAUACCAGCGCUUCCUCACAACCCACAACUCCCUGUGAUACCUCUGAGGCAGGUCACGUGUCAGUGUUCAGCAACUUCAACAAACGAUGUUGGGGCAAGCGCUGGUGCCUGGUCAAAGGAAACAUGUUUGAGUGCUACUUGAACGAACUCAGCCACCAGUGUGAGCUCACCUUCCCCCUGAAGACGUGCCUCCUCCGUCGAGCAGUCAGUGAAAUAAAUAGCGAGAAUGGUCUGAUGUUGGUUGAGGGCAACAAGGAGAGGAUAACUAUUGAGCCCCUUUCAGUGCAUGAAAUGGUACAAUGGGUUCGGGUCCUCCUUAGAGAGACUUCAACUGAAGGUGUUCCAGAAGGGUUGGAGAGAUUCUUGCAGGAAGACACAGGCGAACUGUUAGGCCCAGCUUUCCAAUCGUUUUAUUUAUAUAUACAGGAUAGGGACAAGACUGUUUGCUCACACGAAUAUGAAGACCCAGAGGAAACAAUGGCUGUAGUCGCUCAGCUCAAGGCCAGCUGUGAAACUCCACAAGGAUUGGAUGUUCAGAAUAAAGCUGACAUGAACGCUAACAUCGUUCGGGCUUCAGAUCUUGUGAAAGUCACAGACAGUUUGAUGCUGACAUGCAAGUACAACCAGACAACAGACAGUGGCUUCUACAGUGUAGUGGAUGCUGCCUCAGCCAGUGACUCAGACAGUAGUUGUGGCAACAGCGCUGUUCAUAAUAAAUCUGAAGAGGGAUAUUCCACCAUAGAUUCUUCACAGCUUCACAGUUCGUCAUCUUCUCAACCAACACUCCAGUCUUCCUCCUCAUCGUCAUCACAUAGAUUUUCUCCAUCACAGCCUUCCACGCCAUUGCUUCAUUCCAAAAAACAUUCUUCUUCUGCCAAAUCUCAACAUCAGACAAACCAGCCACCAAAUUCCGCUGACACAGAUUCAAACACAAUAAGCUGUGUAGGGCAGUCGGAAAUAACAGUCAGCACACAACCAAAUUCUAUCCCAGCUUCCAUAGUCACAAAAUCUGGCAGUUCAAGAAGGACAAGCCAGACAAUUCUCUCACCGUCAGGAGAAGAAUAUUCCAUCAUUCUCAAGCGAUCAGAAAGAACAUCAGUUUCCCAGAUCUCCUCUGUUGAUCUCAGUAAUGGCUGUCAGUCAAAAGCAGUUGAGAAGCAUUACGCUGCCAAACACCCAGCAAGUGAUAAGAACACACAUGUGGGAAAUUCCAUAGAAGCCAACAAAUUUCCCAGCGUUGACAGAUUAACACAAUCUUUAAACUGUGACUUAAUGAAACCAACUGUAAAAACAAUAGCUACAGUUAAACCAACGAAGGAGCAGCAUUCUGAAGGACAAAUAUCUACUAUUACCAAACUGCAACAUCCCUAUGAUUCUUUUGAGGACCAACCUCCACCGUUACCGAGAUCGCCAGUUCCAAGUUUUCAUCGACAGAUUCCUACAUUUUCUAAAUCCAUUCCAACCACACCACAGACAGUGGAAGUCCUGACAAUUACGCCAUGUCAGUCGGGUUCUCCAAACACAGUAGUAUGCACACCCAACAACAACAAAGGACACGUAAGCAUUCCUGACCUUCAAGAACUGAUCCGUAAACCAAACACAACUGUUGAAGAAAUUGGUUCAGCCAUCGACAGCUUCAAAACCAAGCAGGUUGAGCUCAAACGUAAAAAAAUGGCUGUCCACGACAAAAGGCAGCGGGUGCUCAGCGACGAAGAGCGGCUGGCUUGCGAAAAGGAGUUUGCUGCUUUAGAGAAACUUGGAGAAUCCACUGAGAGGACAAUCAGAACUUUACAGGUAUUAUGUUCUUUGUUUUGUUUUGUCUCCUGCCCUGCUUUCUUGUCGUGCUCUACAUGUUUGAUUCUGUUUAUCAAGUACAUGUUUGAUUCUGUUUAUCUUUCCCUUCCUUGUACCGUGUAUCCUGUCCUUCUUUGA